AAACUGUUGCCUCGUUUUUCCAAUUUAGGCACAAAAAAAAAAGGAAGGCAGAACCCUCUUCUUCUCUUGUAUCUCUCUUUGCCAAUUCUGUAACUCCAUUUUUGAAAAUCCCACUUUUCUCCCUCAAAUCCCCAAAACCCCCAAAUUAUUCGAAACCCUAGGCAUUUCUCUUCUCCCCAUCGCACAUUACACAACACAAUCAUCACUUACACAAACCUCUAUGUAUAUACACACUUGAGGAUUUGAUCUAAGAAGAAGAGUUUUACGAUUUUGCCCCGCCGGAAAAUGGCGUCAACUAAGCUGAUGGCUUCAUCGGCCUCGCGGAAUUCCGAUCGAAGGAAAUCGUCGGCGGCUUCUUCGUCUUCAUCCUCUACGAUGCCGAAUGAUUUGCUGAAUCAGCAGUAUUCGAAUAACGGGAGUAAUAAUAGUAGUAAUUUGGAGGCGACUUCCAUGACGGUUGAUGGAUUUUUACGGAAUGUGUAUGGGGAAGGUCAGGGGACGGAGGCUACUUUGUUGAAUGCGAAUAUUACGUUACUUGAUGCAGCUGGAGCGAUAACGCCGAUCAGUGAUUCCGACACAGCGACGGUUAGUGGGAUACCUUUGGUUAGGAGGACGGUGGAUGAUGUGUGGAGGGAAAUUGUGGAGGGGAAGAGGGAGCAGAGAAGGGCCGCAGUUGCGGGAUGUAAGGAGGAGGCAGUGGAUGAAAUCAUGACGUUGGAGGAUUUUUUGGUGAAAGCUGGAGCAGUUGAGGAGGAGGCACUGGCUGGGGAGGGGCCAGUGCAAGGUGAGGUGAAGGUUGAACUAGGAACUGAGAGGUUGAGUGGUGGAAUUUUUGCAUUUGAUUCCCCAUACAUGGCCACGCCGCAGCAGAGCGUGCAAGGAUAUGGAAAUGGAAUAGAUGUGAUUGGAGGUGGAAGAGGGAAGAGGAAAGCCAUUUUGGAACCUUUAGAUAAGGCGGCUCUGCAGAGGCAACGUAGGAUGAUUAAAAACAGAGAAUCAGCUGCCCGGUCUAGAGAACGGAAACAGGCUUAUCAAGUGGAACUUGAGUCAAUAGCAGUUAGAUUAGAGGAGGAGAAUGAACAGCUGUUGAAAGAGAAGGAAGAGCGAACCAGAGCACAUUAUAAACAGUAUGGGCCUGAUUAAUGCGCUAUUAAUGCAUAAGUAGCUGGUUCUGGCAAGUUACACUGAAAGGUGCGACUCAUCAAAAGGUGCAAUAAAUUAACUGUAGCUAAAGAUUAGGUCCCUCCUACCAAUUCAUCAAUUUAUGCAUCAUUCUAUUAAUAUGUACUACAACUUUUUUUAAUAUUACAAAAUAGUGGUGGCAAAUGAGUGGGAUUAGAUCAGAUUUGGGCAGAUUGAGCUAUAAAAUGGUUUGGAUAGCAAUUCACCCAUAUUAAUAUGGGUAAAAAGUGGAUUGCGUAAAAUGGCUCUUAGUGCUAACCCACUUUAAUCUCCUAAAGCCAAAAUUCUUAAAAUCUUUGUUUCUUUUUUUGUAGUUACUACUUGACACCGGUCAUAUUUCUAUUUGUAAUUAUUCUUUUUACUUUCUCUUUCUUAAUGUUACAUUAUUCCAGUUUGAGCCAAGAUGGAUUGGAUUGCAAUCCUCCCAUAUUAAUAUGGUGGAUUGGGUAAAAUGGUUCAAACCCACUAUAAUCUCCUAAAGCCAAAAUACUGUAAAUUUAUAGAUACCCAUAUUAUUUUCAUGAUUUAAAAACAGAUUGAAAUCCAUAUUUACCCAUUUGAAAUAUAAAUGAUCCAUCUCAUUAUAAUUAGUUUAAUGGACUGAUUUUAUAAAUAUGAGCUGAAAUUGUCGGUUCUUAUAAUCUUCUCAUACUAUAAACUAAACAAACUACUCACUGUACCCCAUGUGUUCUCUAAUCUUCUCAUAUACAAAGGAUAUAAAAAUUGCACAAUGAAUCAGCUUUUGAUAAACGGAUGAGGACUUCCCCUUAUUUUUUUCAUUAUAUGGAGAGGUCAAGAAGGCUUGGUUCUCAUUUCCUUUAGUGUAAUAUCUAUUUGAUGUUUUGGAAUUGCUUUCAUCUUCCAAUACCUGAAUGUCGUAUGAACUAUUGAAAUCUCUAUAUUCAUCUAAUCAAUCAAGUUAAUUAUCUUAAUGAAUACCAACAUUUCAUCCCUUCUCUCAAAUAGUGGGGAGUCGUAAUUUUAGUAGUUAUUUGCUAGAAAUAAAAUUGUGCUCUUUAUGAUGUGGUGGUCAAGCAGCAAGAAGAUGUACUCUUGGUAUGCAGAUCACUUUUGAACUAAUCUGAAAUCAUAUAUCACUUUCUUAUUAAAUGAUCAAUUUUUCUCAAGACAAUUUGUUGGACGGUCCAACUUGGACCUGUCAAUUAAGAUGCUAUAUUUAUUAUGUUUACUUUGUAUGUGGAAUACCAUUAGAUCCUAUUUAAUGCUCCGACAAUUAAAAGUUUGGUGGUACCCUAUAACUGAGAACCGAAUACCGAAGUUUUAGAAAAAAAAUAGAUCUGAAACUGAAUCAUAGAACCAAAUUAGUUCGGUUCCGUUUUGGUUUUUCGAUAUUUAAAGAACUUAUGUCCACCCCUGGUCAUUCAUCUUGCAUUACCGUACAACAAUAUCCUAUGAGGUAAAAGGACGUCAAAUAUGUUUUUAAGUGAUAAUAUAGCUCUAAUCAUAUAAGAGAAUGAAAAAAAGAAGUUAGAAUAUAGGAAUGAUAAAUAAUGAAUGCCAGUUCAAAAUUCUCAGUAACAAGCAGGUAAACACGCCUAAAAGAGAAUAGGAAACAGAAAGAGGUCAUCGACAGAUUUCUCAAUUAUAAUGGUACUGUUUCAACUUGUACAUCCAUUCACAUCAAGAUCUCCUUAAUGCUCAUAUAUUCCAAUCCAACUGGAUCUGGUAUAACUUUGAUAUACUGACUAGCCAUUAUAAGAUUAUGAUUAUCCAAGAACCCAAGUGUGUGAUCCACCUUCUCUUCCUGCUUGCUCAUUCAACCUUUUAACUGAAAAAUUAUUUGUUUGACAUUGGUGUCAUUUGCUUUUCUGAAAGAUCAUUUGAAGUGUCAGGAAAUGCGCUUUAAGGCCUAAUGAUGUUCAGAUAAAUUGUUUUCGGAAGAAUCCUAUAAUAUUACAUAUUUCUGAAAUUCACAAGCUCCGUUUGAAUUGGUUUACAUCUUAACAAAAUAUGUAGGUAUUUUUAUAAAAGAGAGAAGUAAUAAUUUCUUUAGGAAAACAUGUUCAUUGAGUUGUGAUGAUAGACUCUUUCCACUUUUUAGGUGUGCAAUAUAGUUAUGGUCUGCCUUUCUUUCUCCUAGUAUUAAAGGCCCGGUAGUAAAAAGAAGUUAUAAUCAUGUCAUUCGCAGAAUUGCAUCUUCUAUUUGGCUUGAGGAAAUACAUAUAGCAACGAGCCAUAAGUUCUUUCCUUUUCAUUUUUUGUAAUUAGAAGUCUAAAUUCCGAUGUUUGCUAAUCAUUUCAAAAUAACAAAGACUUGAACUAGAAGAACUAGAGACUGGCUAGUGAAUGGUCAUGCUAGAUGUGCGACGAACAUCAAAAAGAGCGAUAGUUCCAUAGUGGAAGCGUAUCUUGGUUUUCUUCUAGUUUUCAUGCAUAAAGCAGUUCUACUUUGUGCUAUGGUCCUAUAUUUCACCCCUAGUUAUUUAUUGUAUUGUGAUGGGUAAAAGCAACUGCAUGGAAUUAUAUAGCAAUUGUUACCUGUAUUAUGGUGGUUGUUUUUCCUUAGUAAUAGAUCCAUUGCGUAAUUUGUCAGUUGUGACUGUAAGGUAAAGUUAAGUUAAUAUUAUGUGACACUGCUUCCCUGUUUGAGUAUGCAUGAGAAUCUAUGGCUUGCUUAAGCAGCUAAUUUUUGACGUUGUCAUUAAGCUUAUUAGUGCUUCGAAAAAUAACAUUAGCAAUAUACUUGUACAUAAAAUAUACAUUAGCAACAUGGCCUACAAAGUGAAAUUCUCCUCUGCUUUGGUAGACUAGCAGUGUAAUGGUAGCACAUUUAACAUUUCUUGAUGUU